AUGGAGUCUUCCAAGACCUUCAUGAGACACCUGCCAAUCACACCAGGCUACAGUGGCUUCGUGCCUUACCUUAGCUGCCAGGGCACCUCCAGCGAGGACAACAUGUCCCACUGUCUGAAAAUCUUCCAGGAGAACACACAGCGGUAUAAAGACCAGCUGGAGGAAUAACUCUGCUCAGUGGCCAGUCCCGAACUAAAGCCCGUCUGCUCAGAGGAGCCGGUCCUGCGGACCCUGCACCAGUAUUACCGGCAGUACCGCCCCUUGAGUCUGGAAUGCAAGUACAUAACGAAACGUCUUCAGGAGCCCCCCAUCCCCGGCUGGGCAGGCUACCUGCCGAGAGCCAGGGUCACUGAUUUAGGCUGUGCCACGCGGUACACUGUCAUGGCCAGAAACUGCUACAGGGACUUCCUGGACAUUGUGGAGCAGGCCAGGAGAGCACACCUGAAACCGUAUGAGGAAAUAUAUUGAGUUAGGCCCGCACCACCUCCUCCUACCCCUUCUCCAGAAAUUUUGCUGCACGAAAGGCUGCUGCCAAAAUAUCCAGAUUUCUCUAUUCCAGGUGCUGGGUGUCCUACCCUUGGAAGAGCCCUGAUGGAGGACCCCAGACCUCCGGUGAGGUGUGGCUGCACUCAGAGGCCAAAUGUGUCAUGCAACGGGGAGAUUUAUCUAGAGCCACUCUCUUCAGUAAAGGACGUGGAAGGGUAGAAGUGGAGAGCCUCCCAAGGAGAGGCACAUACUAAGGGGGGGCUCAGAAGCUCACCAUUCUCACGUGAGAGCCCCUCACACACCCCAACCGGCACGAGGGAAAUUUC